AUGAAGGGAGCUGUGAACCACAAUUACGGGUCAGUUCUCGAAUCGCACGCAACCUAUGAAACCGAUACCGACGGGCGGUCAUGCUCGAGAGAUCUCCAGAGAAGGACGCGAGCCUUGAUCCUCAUCAAACGCUCCCCACCCGGUGCGUUGAUCGGCGGGAACGGCUUCAGCGACUGGCGUUUCAGACAUCUUUGUGACGAUUUAUAUUAUGAGGAAUUCUUUAAAGUGUCGAUAGUAACUGGAUGGAGAGAG